AUGUCAGAAGAAGAGACAGUUCAUAGUGAUGAUCCUAUAGAAAAGGAUUGUUUUGAAAAAGAAAAUAUAAAUGGUAAGAAGGAUGAUGUUAGUAAAGAUAAUAAGGAAACCGUAGUGAAGGAUAAGCAGGACAUAAGUACAAAUGACACGACAGAAAUAUCCCAAAAUGACAAAGAUGGGACUCAAGGUAAUGGAGAAUCACAGCAUGGGACAAAUAAAGAUGAAAUAAUGGAGGAAAAUAGAGUACAUGGAGACAAGGGUGAAGAAGAGGAACAAGAGACAGAUGGAGAAGAAACAGAUGGAGAAGAGACAGACGGAGACGAAGAAGAGGAAGAGCCCCCCAAACUCAUAUACCAGAGAUUGAAUGGAUUGCCACAGAAUUUCUUCAAUAGAGAUCCAAUAUCAGCAUGUAAUUUUUAUGAAACGGUUUUCAUUUUCGCUACUCACUCAGGAAUAAUCCAUAUAACGAAGCCAGACUUUACGACAAUCAGAACAUUCAAGGCACAUAGAGCUUCAAUUUUGUCAAUAUACACUGAUGGUCAUUAUUUUGCGACUGGAUCGAUGGAUGGCACGGUAGUUAUAGGCUCAGUCUCGGACGAGAAAGAUAUAAUAGCAUAUGAUUUUAAAAGGCCGAUACACGCGGUUGUAUUGGACGCCAAUUAUGCUAAGUCAAGAAGCUUUGUAAGCGGUGGCAUGAGUGGAAAAGUUUUAUUUUCUUCGAAAAACUGGCUAGGACAGAGAACUGAUCUUGUUUUAGAUGAAAAUAAUGGUCCUAUCGUCUGUAUCCAGCAGAUGGACGAUUUAUUGUUGUGGAUGAACGACAUAGGUAUCGUGAUAUACCAAAUAUCUAGGAAACAGAAAAUAUUGACUAUAGAUAAAUCUAAAGAUUCGCCGAGAAGCGAUAUAUAUUGGCCAAGAGUUCAUUUUCCGGAGACAGAUAGAAUUUUAAUUGCAUGGGCGAAUCGCAUAUGGUCUCUAAGAGUAUCGAUAGGGAAAUCAAAUGAUGUCAGUGAACCAUCCUCAUCAUCAAAGAGUAGGAUAUUACCUUCCACAGCUAGCAUAUCUUUUCGAACUAUUCAAGAAAAAAAAGUUGAAAUUGAGCACAUUUUUAAAGUAGACGAUUUUGUAUCGGGAAUUGCUAGUUUCAAAGAUGACUUAAUUAUGAUCUUGACUUAUGUUCCUCCCGAAAGGGAUGAAAUUACCAAACAUCUUAUAUUUAAUAAUCCGGAUUUAAAAUUAAUCAAUUCAACUACCGGUCAAGUUGAAUUUGAGGAGGAAAUUGGGCUUAAGAAUAUUGAAAAUCUAGGAUUAAAUGAUUUUUCAUUAGGCUCUCACAUCGACCUGAAUAGAACAAGAUAUUUUAUUAUGAGUGCUAAAGAUGGCGUAAUAGCUCAAGAACUUCAGCUUCAUGACAGAUUAGAUUGGUUUCUUGAAAAAGAGAAAUACCUAGAAGCAUGGGAGAUAAGUAAGCAUUUAUCCUUGCUGCACACAAAAAAAUUGAAUUUAGGUAUAUUGCAUGUUGAUAAUUUAAUUAAACUAGGCGAGUGGAAAGAUGCUGCUAAUUUCCUAUCUUCCUUGCUCUAUUUAGAUGUUAAUGAAAUGCCUGAUGGAGAUACAAAGAGUACUAUUUAUACUUCCCUUUCUCAAAAUCUGAACAACGAAGAUCAUGAUUCGCUAGUACGAGAAAUCAUUACCCAAUGGCAGAGUUGGGCAAACAUAUUCAUAAAGUCUAAUCAUAUUGAUUUAUUGACAGAUGUAAUUCCAAAAUCACCAAAAUUGAAUAUAAAGGCUACUAUUUAUAAUCAAAUCUUGCAGUACUGGAUACAUCAUAUUGAUUCGGAUAACACUUUUUUCAGAUUGAUUGAUAAAUGGCCUAUUGAUUUAUAUGAUGCUAAAAAUAUCGAAUCUUUUAUUGAGGAAAUCUUAGAAAAGGAUUCCAGUCCUAAACUACGUAAAUGCUUAGCGAAUCUUUACGUUAAAUCUUUCGAUUUCAAAAAGGCAGUCCCACAUUUAGUGUCAUUGAAGGAUCCGAAUAUUAUACAAUUUUUAUCAUCAAAUCACCUACUAGAUACUUUUUCAGAUGAUAUUCCUAAGUAUAUAUCUUUGAGAUUUGAAGGCAAAGAACUAGAGACAUUGCCUAUUGAUAAAUUAGAGAAUCGUUUGGACGAUAUAAUAAAUAUCCUUGUGGAAAAUAGACACGAAGUACCCUCAGAACAGAUUAUGAUAAUGAUGAGUAAAAAUCAUCUUGACUUUAUAAACUACUUUUAUUUGGAAAGAUUGACAGCGAUUGAUCCAUUUUUAACUAAGCAGUUUUCAAAUGAACAAGUUGAAUUAUAUUCUAGGUAUGACAGUGGAAAGUUAUUACCUUUUUUGUCAAAAAGUAGCACGUAUGAUAUAGAUCGAGCUAUACGUCUUUGUGAGUCCAACGACUUUACAGAAGAACUAGUAUAUUUAUUGGGAAAGAUAGGUGAAAAUAAGAGAGCUUUAACAUUGAUAAUGAAUAAAUUGGAUGAUCCUGAAAAAGCCAUUAAAUUUGCAAAGCACCAGAAUGACAAGGAGGUAUGGCAUAUGUUAUUAAAUUAUUCUAUGAAGAAGCCAGCUUUUAUAAAGACACUAAUUGAAUGUGCGGAUGACCAGUCAAACUCUUUCUAUGAUCCUGUGUCAAUCAUAAGAGGUAUGCCUGAUGAUGUUGAGAUUGAAGGUUUAAAGAAUUCUGUUGCAAAGAUAUCUAAUAACAAUGAUCUAAACUUGUUAUUGAAUCAAUUGAUAUUAGGCAUUUUAUAUAACCAAUCAGAGGAUGUAUCUAAUUAUUUUAGAUCCGAUAAAUUACGAGGUUUAGAAAUUGAUGUCAGUUCGAAGUCUGUUAUGCAAUUAAUUUCGAGGUUUGAAACGAUUUUAGUAAUGUCUAUGGGAGAAACAAAGCAUAUUGAUUUAGUCUCCGAAGCCGACUUUUUCAAAGACAAUAAUCGAAAGGUUUCCAACAUUAAAUCUUAUACCGACUUAGAUGAGAAACUAAAACAUAUCGCUUAUUUUAAAAGAUAUCUAUCUCAACAUGAUUAG